CCUCUCAUCCUCGAGAAGCGAACGGGAGCACCAACCAUAGCGGCGCUGCUUCGUCUCCAGGACAGUGUUAAACAUUCGCCGCUCAGUGUGUCUGCGUAGUAUUCCCGAAAUUUGAUCUGUUUAGAGACACAAACAACCGCUGACUGGUCGUUCCUGCAAAGACGACGCGCACGUUCUUAUACGGGUACAAUGGCUCACCGACUAGCGCUUCUCGUCAUUCUCCUUGCAGGAGUGUUAUCCUUCACGCGAGCUUCGCUCUCUCGUCCCCUGGAAGAUGUCAAUCUUCUCCCUCAAGUCAGCGAAUUCCAUGCUGACGUCACCAUGCCCGUUCCUCAGCUGAACGUUGACCUGCGUCUCGGCACUGUUCAAUUGAGCCUCGAGCAUCGAACCAACAUACUAAAUUUCUCAGUGCAGCUGCUGGCGCGAUGGGAUGCUGCGAGUACGGCUCUGAGAGAGGAAGCUCGGGGAGGAGCAGUCACAGAGGAUUCACCGUCUUUUAAAGAAAGCACAAGCCAGCCACAGCCCGGUGAUCCGUUCCUUUUCCUCCCUGGCUAUGGUAGGCUGGUGCUGCCCUGUAUGCGCAGGUGGCAGCUGGUGGAGGCUCCAUCUGGCCAGGCAUCAUGGGAAAGACAUCACAAUGAAGCAGGUAGCAGCAAACACGAGGAUAGCAAAUUACAUUACGUGUUGCAGCGAGCUGACUCAGGCAGGAAGACACUGAGUGGAGGACUGCCUGAAGAAGAGCAUCAUGUAGACAGCCGGACAAACCAGGUGCCUGUUGGGCAACGUGUAUGUAAUGGUUCCAUGGAGCUCACCAUGAGCAUGGAGCCACAUCGACAUGCCUUGAUAAGGGGACGUAGGAACCUGCAAGUCUUUCUUCAGUUGAUCGCAGGAACGACAGCGCAUCAAUGACUACUACUAACAUUGUGAUUUGUUUAUGUUUGGUUAUACUGAAGUAACAGGACAUAGAUCAUUUGCUGGCAUCACUCAUCAGGAACAAUCCACGACUAAGGAACCUCCAGCUGAAAGUUUAGCAAGGGGAGCCAUGGUGACGGUCCCUGACACACACGCGACUAUGCGACGAGAAUCAGGAGUCCAUCCAGCAAUGAUGAGAGGAGUAGACGAUCGAAACGCAAGCGGCUACGGCAACGCGUAUCCCCCAUCCAUCAAUCUGCUCUCGUCCGUGUCUUCAGUGGCUUCCGCGCCUUCUGUCUCAGGCGGCCUUCCAGCCACCGCUCAACCGUCGCCAUCGGAAGUAUUCCAUAUUCCACGCGCAGGCUCUCAGCCCGCUUUCGCGAAUUGCGCGGAUGCGAAUUUCUCCUUUCGUCCAGUCCUUAUUGGCUCUGACACCCUGGGACCGUCCUCGAUGCAAACAUCCGUUCCAUCGCCUUCGAAUUCGGCAUCCGGCUUUCUCGGGCAAUGGACAGUCAUGUCUGUCCCUGCAACGUCGCUAGUACCAGCUUCCAUCCAAUCGUCGUCUUUCCCACUGUCGCUGCCGAAUUCCUCUCACCAUCCUUUAUUAUUGUCGAAUCCCUCGCCAUUGUCGCAGUCAAGCUCGUUCAUAGUGUCACAGCCAUCGCCACCACCUCACCCCUUGAUACUGUCACAUACGUCCAGGUUGGCUUAUGCUCAAUCUCCCACAGAACCAUCCGCAUCACACAUGUCUGGCCUCUCCCCAUCCGCACCCACACCGUCCCCUACUGCUUCCUUAGUAAACCCUACCGCCACCACCACCGGAAGCCAUGCAGCCUGUACUUCCUCCAACCCUCCGUUCAAAUUCACGUGGAAGGUCACUGCACUCACCUCCCCUUCGUCCUCCGUCCUUCCUUCCUCUACCAUGGAAACCUCUCACCUACCUUCCGCCUCUCCUGCUGUGCAACCUUUUCAUUCUUACUCGCCUACCCCCCCCUCAGCCUCCAACCCUGUGCUUACGCCCAGUCAUAUGCUUGAAUCGUAUCAGACAAACGCUCAGUUUCCCGGUGAUGCUUCUGCUAGUGUGUACGCUGUUCCUCCUCCCAGGCGUCCUCCUUUACCCCUCGAUUCGCAAUCACCCCGUCUCACUGUCCCGUCCAAGGCUUUGCACCGCUCUUCAUCCACUAACCAACGAACCUCCCGCGUUCCUUCUAGAACCCCAUCUCCCUCUCCCCGCUCCUCCAGUCCUCAUCCGUCCAGCCCUCGCGUUUCCAGUCCUCCAAACCACAGCCACGCAUACUCUCACUUAAAUGCCUUCAGCCCCAGUUCCUCUGGUCGACGCUCCUUCACUCACCACUCUUCUUCAAACCCCAGAUCCUCCCGGCCCGGGUCGUCCUAUUCCCCUCGCCCAUCCUCCACUCCUGCCGCUCGUUCCCCUGCUGUGCCUGAGCCAUCCCUUAGCCCCACUGCCGCCACCGCUGCCGCUCCCUCGCUUGCAUCUGCCCCCUCGCUUGGUGGUGGAGGGUCUGCUUCGAUGAGGAAUAUGUACAGCAUGGCGUGGGCCAGCGGCGUGUGCAGCUGGGACGAAAUGGAGGGGGAUGUGGACCUGGGGAUAGGGCUGGAGGAGGUUGGAGAGGCGCAGGGGAGGAAGAGCGGGAAGGAGGCGGGGAAGGAGAAGGAGAAGGAGGUGGGGAAGGAGAAGGGGAAAGAGAAAGAGAAGGGGAAAGAGAUGGAGAAGAAGGACUUAGAGAUGGAGGAGAAGCAGGCAGGGAAGGAGAAUGAGAAGGAGAAGGAGAAUGAGAAGGAGAAGGAGGAGGCAGGGAAGGGGAAGGAGAAGGCAGUUGUGAAACAACCGGACGACAAGGGAAAGAAGCAGGAGACUGACAAGGAGAAGGUGAAGGUGAGUGAGAAGGAGGAGGAGGAGGAACAGAAGAGGGAGAGAGAAAAGAAGGAGAGGAAGAGGGAGAAAAGGAAGGAGAAGAAGAAGCAGAAGAAGGAGAGGGAGGAGAAGGAGAAAGAGAAGGAGAAUGAGGAGAAAGAAGAGGAGGUUUUAAAAGAAGUGAAGGAGGGGGAGAAGAACAAAGGGGAGGAGAGGGAAAAGCCGAAGGAAGAGGGAAAGGAGGCAAAGACGAAGGAGGGGAAAAGGGGAAAGAAGAAGAUGAAAGGAGUGGCUGCUGCUGAAGGCGAUAAGACGGGGAAGGGGCCAAAACAGGAUAAGAAGACAAAAGGGCCAAAGCAGGAUGAGAAGGCAAAAGGGCCAAAGCAGGAUCAGAAGUCUAAGGACACUGCUAAGACGAUGGAAGGGGUGAAAGAUGGGGGCGAGGAAGGGCACGUGCAAGACAGAGGCAGUGCAAAAGGAGAGGCAGAAGAGCAAAGAGUAGAAGCUGUUGGUGCAGAGGGAAAUGAAGGCAUGAAGGAUUCGCCGAUGGAAACGGGAGGCAGGACUGUGAGGGCGAAUGAUCAUGUGGACACUAGAAUGGCAUGUGGCAAUGAUGCUGCCAGCACUGCUGGUAGUGAUGCCGCCCGUAAUCCUGCUGCUGCUGCUGCUGCUGCUACUGAAGUCUAUGAUGGGAAGAUUGUGCAUGGAGACAAGGAUGGAGAGGACGUGAGUGAGCGGGAGGAGGGUGAAAUUGAGGACGGGGAGAUCGCCUAUGUGGGAGACAUUAAGGCAGAGAGCAGCAGGGUAAUCAGUACUGGUACCUCCGAUGAGGAUCAAGGGAGUUUGGAGCAAGGGAGGGAAGAGGACAGGAGACAGGGCGAGCAGCAGAUGCAUGAAGGUCAGGCAAGCCGUAGGUAUGAUAAAGUCGGGGGCCCUGAUCGCUACUCUGACUACCCGUCCGAUGCUCUUGCACCGGCUGCGACUGGCCUACAUCCUGGGCCGUCAGCUGCAGCAGGUUCCGCCAGAGAACAGUCUACGAACCAUGAAGCAGCCAUGCAGGGGUCCGGCCCGUCAGGGUAUCGACUGCCAUCACCAACUCCGUCACCUGCACAGGCUGGGGAUUCUGUCAUAGCAGGAGCAGCUGGGGGAUCGGCGUUUGCAGAUCCUGGAAUAUGUCAGCAGCUUUUGCUGCCACCACUGCCACCCCUGCCACCGCUGCCGCCACUGCCGUCGCCACCACAGCUGCAAGCAAAUGCACAACAGCGGCCGCAGCUGUCGGCUGCAGCAACAGGUAUGGUACCACAACAAUCCGCAACACCACCGCUGCCACCAUUCCCACCACUGCCGCCACUCCCGCCACUGCCACCAUUGCCCCCGUCACAGCCAAAGCCGCACUUACCAGUGCAACCACCGCUGCCACCGGGCCCACCGGUAGCACCACCCAACAUGGUGCCGCUGCUGCCACCGCUACCACCACUUCCUCCCGGCCCACCACCCCGAUCAGCAGCAGCAGCACCGCCGCUGCCACGAUCCACAACACCACCAUUACCACGGUCAGUAACGCCGCCACUACCACAGUCAGCAACACCACCACUACCGCCGCCGCUUGCACCAUCAGCUGACACAGUGGCAGCAGCAGCAGGAAGUGGCAGUGGUAGAUUGAAUCCCCCGCUUCCAACCAUGCUUCCCCCACCGCCCUUACCCGCCCAUAUACCUGGCGCAUUGGCAGUGCUGGGACAGGCGGUUGGGGUUGGGCCCGAGGGGUCAUAUGAGCAUCUGCUCAAUGCAAUGGUAGCGGCGGCAGCAGCAGCUGGAGCACCAGCGGCUGCAGUGCUAGCACAGCCUGCAGCAGCAGCAGGAGGAGCAGCAGCAGCAGCAGGAGGAGCAGGGGCAGGUGCAGGAGUGGCAGCGGCAACGGCAGUGGCGGACGCAGUGCGGUAUUCGUACAAUCCCUUUUCGGGUGAUGAAUCAGAUGGCCCAGGCCCAGCCACCAGUGAUUCUGCUGCUCCCCAGCCCUCUCUCCCAUCCUCUCUCCACUCCUCGCUCCAGGAGUCCCUCCAGUACUCUCUGGAGUCUAAUCCCGACCUGCUAUCCUACCUCAUCUCUCUGCACCACUCCGCAUCCCUGGGUUCCACUCCAUUGUGGGAUGGUGCAACGCCUUCCCAUGCCACGGACCAUCAACCAGCUUGGCUCAAGGAUUCCUCCCCCCCUCCUCCUCCCAGUAACGCCGCUCCUGUUACUAACGCUGCUCCUCACACUCACACACCCCCUCCUCUUGAGAUGCAUGCACCCCCUUCCGUGCACGCACUGCCACCCGCUCACCCAUCCCCCCCAUAUGCACGCAUGCCACAAACCCCUCUGCUCUCUGCACACGCCUCAGCUGCUGCUACCACGGCCUCCCACGCUGCUGCUGCUGCCUUUGGUGCAGCGGUACACGCAACAAGUGCAGCAGCCGUCGCUCCCACUGCUAGUGCAACGCCAACACCAACACCAACACCAACACCAGCAGCACCAGCAGCAGCAGCAGCGUCGGCAACACCCACAGCAGCAGCAGAGGCAUCCAAGGACAUGGUUCGGCACAGAGAUCCGCGCAAGAGACUCCGCUCAGCGCCAGACACAGACACUACUGCUGCUGCUGCCUCGGAUAGGGCUGGUUCUAGCAGUAACCUGGUCGGCAUUACUGGGAUGGAGAGCAGUGGAAGUGUAAGGGGGGAGCUUCCUGGUGCUGCAAGGGAUGCUGCAGCUGGUGAGGGCUGUGUUGAGAUUACCAAGCAAGAGUGGGAGGAGCGGCAGGGGCUGGGGAGGCUGAGCAGUGGCAGGAUGGAAGGUGAAGGAGCAUGGGAGGAUGGGGCAGAGGGGCGAGAGGGCAAGAGACAGCGGAUGCUGCGCGAUACUGAUGGUGCUGGUGAUGCGGGUGAUGCUGUUAUGGGUGGUAUGGGCAUGGGGGAGUGGGAGGUAGCAGGAGGUCGUGGCAGUGAGACAGGGAGAGGAGGGCCGAGUGAAGCAGGGAGUGGUGCAGGGAGUGCAGAGGAGCAAGUGUGUGCAUUGGUUCCGCAUGGAGAGGAGAGUGUGUCGGGUGCUGUGGGCGUGUCAGCAGGAGGGGGGGCCCUGGGUGGGGGAGGCAGGGACACAACGGCAGGCAGUGAGGGGCAGGUGGUUGGGCGGAAGCGGGGGAAGGAUCCCAGGCUCCCAGGCAUGCAGUCAGGGCCUGCUCCAGGGGAAGGGGAGUCUCGGGAGAGUGUGGGGCUGGAAGGGCCGUCUGUUCAAGUCCCAUAUGCUAGACCGCAUGGGCUGGAUGGUGCCAGUAGACCUACUGCUACUGCCGCCGCCGCUGCGGCUGUCACUGCUGCUGCUGCUGCCGCUGCUGCUGCUGCCGCUGCUGCUGCUGUUCCUGCAAGUGGGCUGAUGGGGCGAGGGCAGGCAGCAGCAGCAGCGGACACAGUGGGAUUUCCGGGUGGGGAAUGGAGGAGGGAGGAGGGAGCAGGGACUCCUGGGGUGACACGCCCUGGUUCUGCAUGGCAAUACGGCGGGCUGGAGGAACGGUUCAGUGACGGGGAGGAGGAGGAAGAGGAUGGGGUCAACGAUGCUCGUGAUGCGCUCAGUACGCCUGCUGUCAACUCUGCACCAAAUGGGGUACCAACAGACAGCAGAGGGCAGCGCGACAGACAAGCGGGCCAAGACGCAGAGAAAGCAGGGAAAGCCGAGGAUGCGGGGGUGGUUGCUGGCGCGGUGGGUGGAAAGGAGGCGGUAGAGGGGGCGUCGGGGGUGGUGUCGGGGAUUGCAGCGGAGAGGCAUCGACGCAUGGCGGAGACAGAGAGCAUGGUGGCUGCGGGCAAGCUGUGCCUGGUGCUGGACCUGGACCACACCCUGCUCAACUCCGCUAAGUUCUCCGAGAUCGGCCCCGAGUGGGAGGACCAGCUGCGCCUCAUGGAGGCCCGCGACAAGCAGCACACCCGCCAGCAGCAGCAGCUGUGGAAACGCGCGGAGGAGUCGGCACAGGCACAGGGGCAGGGGCAGGGGCAGGGGCAGGGGCAGGGGCAGGGGGAAGGGGAGGGCAGUGGAACGGGGGGCAGGGAGCUGUUCCGGUUUCCCCAUAUGGGCAUGUGGACCAAGUUGCGCCCGGGCGUGCGCACGUUCCUGCAACGGGUGGGUGCCAUCCGUCCUGGUGCUGCUUCGCUUCUACUCAACCGCUUGAUACGGGGAUUUACACAUGCACGCGUCACGCACGUAUUCUCGGCUCCAGCAUGCUGCUAUUCGUGGCCUGCCUGCCUCCUCUCUGUCCACCCUCCGGGAAUACCCCCCCGUAUCCAUCCAUCCAUAUCCGUGGCGUGCCUGUUUGAGCUGCACGUGUACACGAUGGGCAACCGGUGGUACGCUUCGGAGAUGGCGCGCAUCCUGGACCCCCACGGCACGCUCUUCCACAGCCGCAUCAUCGCCAAGGGCCUCCACUCCACCGCCACCCUCUCCUCCUCGCCCUCCGCCCCUGCUGCUGCCGCUGCAUCCCCCGCUGCUGCUGGGGGGGAUGGGACAGGGGCAGGGGUGGGUGGAGGGGGAGGGGCAGGGGCAGGGGCAGGGGGAGGAGCAGGGGGCGUGGUGGCGCGGAGCAAGGAUCUGGAGGGCGUGUUGGGGAUGGAGUCCAGUGUGCUGAUCGUGGACGACUCCGCCUCUGUCUGGCCGCACCAUGCGCGCAAUCUCAUCCUCGUAGAGCGGUACACGUACUUCCCGCACAGCCGGCGCAGCAUGGGCCUGCCAGGGCCAGCGCUGAUGGAAGUGGGGCACGACGAGAGGGCGGCAGAUGGCAUGCUCGCCUCCAUUCUCACUGUGUUGGAGCGCAUCCAUGGGUCGUUCUUCGCGAGCCGGCAGCGCGGCAUGCUGCAGCAGCACCUGGACGUGCGCAGUAUUCUCGCAGAGCAGCAGCGCCGCGUGCUUGCCGGCUGCUGCAUCGUCUUCUCACGAAUCUUUCCGGUGGGCGAGGCCAAUGCGCGGUCGCACCCACUAUGGCGCCUGGCGGAGCAGUUUGGGGCUGUGUGCAGCCUCACCCUCUGCGAUGCCGUCACGCACGUGGUUGCACUGUCGCUAGGCACUGAUAAGGUGACGUGGGCGCUUAACUCCGGCCGGCAUGUGGUGCGCCCAGGAUGGCUUGAGGCGUCAGCAGUGCUGUAUCACAGGGCCAAGGAGAAUGACUUCCGCCUCACACCCUGACCCGCCACCCUUCUACCUGCCACCAACCCACCUGCCAUCAACCCACCUGCCGCCAACCCACCUGCCACCAUCCCACCUGCCGCCAACCAACCGAUCCACCGCCGUCGCACCUGCCCCUCAUGCUUGCACGCCUUGCCUCGUCGAGCCACAGAGGGGCGCAGCAACUGGCAGCGCUGUGGCCUGCUAAUAGGGGGAGGAUAUGGCGGGGCAGCACAGCAUCAGAGGGGUCCUGGACAACUGCUUGAGGAGACUCUUCUGCUCACCAGGAGACCGCAGCUCCUAUGGCAACCGUUUCCGGGGGUACUUAAAGCAAUUGCGGAUGCCUUCAGUCAGUCAGCCCACCGCUAGCCCUCUCCUCUGAUUUGAAAUAUCUGAUCUCUGUGCGUCAGCACAACUGGGAUGCCUAACCGUGCAUACCCCCAUUGGUCUGGUGACAGCUGAGCCUUUGCCCUGCUUGCCUUUCAUCCUCGUGCAUCUGAGUGGGCCUCUUCUAGUGCUUCGUUGCGCGGUGCUGUGCUGGCCUCUUCGUUUUAGGCACCGUUCAGCAUACUCACUUACCGGCCGUCACCGUGCAUUCAUCAGCAGGAACAAGUGCUGUGCUGCUGCAACUCCUCCAUUUGCUUUCGCAGUCCCCUCUGGGGCUCUCUUCUGUGCAUCGGGUACCUCUUGCACAAUGACAGCAACAGGAGCAGGUGGAGCAGAGAACUAACUCACUAUGCUGAAGCAACAUGACUGGGUGGAGCAGGGGCAUGUGCAUCAAGCCAUUGAAAUGGAGAAUGGGAAGUGGAACUUCAGUGCCAGCUUUGCCCUGGUUGAAUGCAGUGGAGCAGUCAGCAGGUGACGAGUGUAUGGACAUGAGGGCACGUUCCAACAAAUGCUUAUCAGACCAAGCUCGCACUGGACUUGCGGCAUACCGAGCUGAAAAACAUCGAACCACAGAAGCAAAAAUUUGCUUUGCACCGGCAAGAUGAGCCCAAUAGGAUUUUAGGACAUUAGUGGUAUUGCUCUUCGUUCCGUUGUUUGUUCAGUGAGUCGAUGCUUCAGACAUCCAAGGACCUUCCGGUUAAUCCCUAUUUCUGUCACAUAAGGAAAUGGCCAAGGAAUAUCUGCA